UUCGAAUGUCUGAAUCGUCAAAGCUAGAAGCAAAUAUAAAAAGUUUUAGUCUUGAAAUGAUGUGUAAAGUCUAAAAUAUGAUAACUUAAAGGUAAGAAAAGAAAUAGAAAUGUGGGUAUGGGUUGAAAACGGGAAAGAUUUAAGGUGGUGUUAUGUUAAUUUAAACAGAGAGAGAACCGAGCGAGAAGGAGGCGAAGGAGGCAGAGCAGCAGUGCACAACAACGGAACUCUUUUCAGAGAAGAAUCAGAAUGGUCUGGGCUUUGUCAUCUCAACUCUUUCUCGUUUAGGCUGAGGCUGGGCUUCACUAUGUCUAUGGCGGACACAAAUACAAACUCAGUUGACGUGAUUUUGGACUUUCUUAGGAGGAACCGAUUCACCAGAGCUGAGGCUGCUUUGCUCAGUGAGAUCAGUAAUCGUCCGGACUUGAAUGCCUUCCUUCAGAAGCCUCAAGGUCAAGGUCAAGAACUCAUUGUCAAGGAAAUUGAGUGUGGAACCAAAUGGAAAACAACUUCGGAGGAUUUAUACUCCUGGAAGUUCAACCCCACCAAUGGUCCUGUCAAGGCCACUGUAUCCAAAUGUCAAACUGUUGAUGUAAUUGCAGCCAAUACCAAUUCAAAGUCUGGGUCAGGGGAGGAAAAUGCUGACAAAAAAUCCAUGUGGCCUGCAAGUAGUAGUAAAGCCUCUGUUGUGCAAAGCAAAGAACCUAGGGAACUUGAUCGCCAACUUAAAUUCAAUAGUUCAUCACUUGAAGUGAACUUCACAGAUAAUCCCUGCCCAAGAAAGGAUGAGAAUGUGAAUUCGUCUUCAGACUCUGGCAAAGAUUGUUCUGUCAAGACUGUCUUCCCCUUCUCAAAAGGGGAUGUGUCUACAAGCUUUGAUGGUGCCAGUUAUUCUUACAAAAUAGAGGAGAAAAAAAAGGUAGAAAUUAGUGAUACUAGGACAUCUAUUGAAGAGCAGGUGGGUGAAUUGGGGAGGCCUAUUUUCUUGGUCAAGACACCAGGCAGUUCUGAACAGAAGAUGAUAGGAAGCUUAAGUUUUCCUCUCCCCCCUGAAAAUCUGAAGGAGGAUAUUCCUAGGCUUCCUCCGGUUAAACUCAAGUCAGAUGACAAGCCCUUGGUUGUUAAUUGGGAGGAGAAGUUUGAGCGAGAUGGACCAACCUCAAAACUCCCUGGGGCUGAUAGCACUUUGCUUGUUGGUUCAUAUCUGGAUGUACCUAUUGGACAGGAAAUUAACCCUUCAGGUAUGAGGAAGGCUGCAGGGGGCUGUUGGUUAUCUGUAAGUCAAGGGAUAGCGGAGGAUACAUCUGAUCUUGUAUCAGGAUUUGCUACAGUUGGUGAUGAGUUGAGUGAAUCUAUUGAUUAUCCGAAUGAAUAUUGGGACUCCGAUGAAUAUGAUGAUGAUGAGGAUGUUGGGUACAUGAGACAACCUAUUGAGGAUGAGGCCUGGUUUUUGGCGCAUGAAAUUGAUUACCCUAGUGACAAUGAAAAGGGGACUGGACAUGGAAGUGUUCCAGAUCCUCAGGAAAGAGGUCCAGCCAAAGAUGAGGAUGACGAUCAAUCCUUUGCUGAGGAGGAUUCUUACUUUUCCGGGGAGCGAUAUCUUCAGGAAAAUAAUGUUGAACCUGUCACAGCUACUGAUGAUCCUAUUGGUCUAACACACACUGAGUAUGGAAGGACUAAUGAUAAUGAUUUAAUGGCUCAAUAUGAUGGACAAUUGAUGGAUGAAGAAGAAUUGAACCUAAUGUGUGCAGAACCGGUCUGGCGGGGCUUUGUCCCUCAGACAAAUGAACUCAUCAUGCUAGGAGAUGGGAGGGUUUUGAAUGAUAAUGUAAGAUCACGGCUAGAGGACAUCAGUAUGGAUGAUGAUCAACAUGGUUCAGUUAGGUCAAUUGGGGUAGGGAUCAACAGUGAUGCUGCAGAUAUUGGUAGUGAAGUGCGUGAAAGUUUGGUUGGUGGUAGUAGUGAAGGAGAUUUAGAAUAUUUCCGUGAUCGUGAUGCAGGACUUGGUGGUUCUAGGCACUCUCAUCAUGAUUUUGAUAAGAAAUCUACUAACAAAUCAAACAAAAAUAAGAACUACGAAAAGAGUGAAUCAAAUAAAUAUGUCAUAGGAUGUGAUAAAGAUGCACCGUUGCAGAUGAAAACUCAUGGUGAUGGAAACUUCUCAUUUCCCCUAUCUUUGAAGGAUGGCCAGAUGAUUCAGGCUUCCACCAAUAAGUCCCUGUGGUCAAAUAACGGCAACACAGAUGAAGCUGAUGACUGUCUUCAUGCAUUUGUGGGAACUGAUGACAUGCUUGCUUUGUGGAGGCGAAAGAGCAGUGAUUCUUCACCUGUUAAAAGUUCUAGGGAUGAGAAUAAUGCCGACAUUGUAAGAUCCACAAACUCUUCUCCAACAACAGUCUCAAAUUAUGGGUAUUCUGAAAGAGAGCAUGUGAAAGUAGAAGAUGAAAAGACUGGAAUUGCAAGGGAAGAUGAUCUUGGAGCAUCGCUAGAGGAUGAAGAGGUAGCUGCUGUGCAAGAGCAAGUAAGGCAGAUAAAGGCACAGGAGGAGGAAUUUGAAACCUUCAAUCUAAAGAUUGUGCACAGAAAAAACAGAACUGGCUUUGAGGAGGACAAGAAUUUCCAUGUUGUUUUAAAUUCUGUAAUAGCUGGGAGGUAUCAUGUUACUGAGUAUUUGGGAUCUGCUGCAUUUAGCAAAGCUAUACAAGCUCAUGACCUACAUACAGGCAUGGAUGUUUGUGUUAAAAUUAUAAAGAACAACAAGGACUUUUUUGACCAAAGUCUUGACGAGAUCAAGCUUCUCAAGUAUGUCAAUAAGCAUGAUCCUGCAGACAAGUAUCACAUUCUUCGAUUAUACGAUUAUUUCUAUUAUCGAGAGCAUUUGUUAAUAGUAUGUGAGCUACUUAAAGCAAACUUGUAUGAGUUUCAUAAAUUUAAUAGAGAAUCAGGUGGUGAAGUGUACUUUACAAUGCCAAGAUUGCAGUCAAUUACCAUUCAGUGUUUGGAAGCUCUUCAGUUUUUGCAUAGCCUUGGACUAAUACACUGCGACUUGAAACCAGAGAAUAUUUUGGUUAAAAGCUAUAGUAGGUGUGAGGUGAAGGUCAUUGAUCUUGGAAGUAGUUGUUUUGAAACAGAUCACCUUUGCUCUUAUGUUCAGUCAAGGUCCUAUCGUGCUCCUGAGGUUAUUUUGGGACUUCCAUAUGACAAGAAGAUUGAUAUCUGGUCUCUUGGCUGCAUCUUGGCAGAACUUUGUACUGGCAAUGUCCUCUUCCAAAAUGAUUCACCUGCAACAUUACUUGCUCGGGUGAUUGGGAUCAUUGGUCCAAUUGAUCAAAAUAUGCUUGCAAAAGGACGGGACACAUAUAAGUACUUCACCAAAAAUCACAUGCUUUAUGAAAGGAAUCAGGCCUUCACCUCCAGCAAGCCGGAGGCGCUCCACCACCACCUCUGCCAUUUCGCACAGUUGAAGGAGUUGGAGAUCGAAGAGGUGUGCAAGGCUCACUGCCAGGACUUCAUCUUCGCCGUCAACAACCUCCGAUCCCUCCUCUCCAAGGUUGAUUCGCUCAAGUCCUCUCUCUCCGAUUUCAACUCACGGCUCCAGCACGUCACGUGUCUGCUCCUCUUGCCACUCAACGCCUUUGUUGAGAAUGCAAUGCCUCGAAGAAUGUGAACAUCGCAAGCCAUCAACUCGGUCCACACGGACAAACCACCACUUAGUGGACGACAACUUCUGAUCAAGCGUGAGUAUGGACAAAACGGUGUCGGCCAUGCUGAAGCAGAUGCCGGAGAAGAUUAUAGAGAUUCAAUCCUACAUGAGAGGGAAGCGAACAAGGUCCCUCUGUACCUCUUUUACUUCAAAACACCAAAGCUUGAAUCAUUUCCCAAGUGGCGGUAUAACCCAAGUCACACGUUGCAGCAUUCACAAGUGGGUAUUCCCCUCCCUCUGCAAGCGUAGCCACUGUGAUCUUCUACUAAAGAUAGAUCUGCUUUAAUUCUUAUGAUUUUUGGUAUUCUAAAAUUUUGAUGUAGAUCUGUUCACCGUUGGACAUGUAAAGGAAAUUAUGAUGCUCAGAAGGUGUUUGAUAAUAGUUGAGUCAAAUUGUUUCUUGUUAUUGAUGAUGAUCUCUUUUGUUGUUUAUCCUCAAAUUGAUUUUUGUUGUCUGAGCAUUAUGGGUGCCUAAGCAUGUUCGGAUAUACACAAAAAAUUGCUUGUGAUCUAUUUAAAUUUGAUAUGAUCUUUUUUAAA